AUGUCUACCCUGCCCCCCAGCAUGCGCAGAACACCUGCCAAAGCUCCCGUCAGCUCCGUCAAGAUGGCUACGACAAAGACCGCAAAGGCCAAGACGACGACCAUGAAGGCCUCUGCCACAGACGGCGUCUCCAAGACCAAGACACAGAUGCAUCGCCGCUCAAGAUCAGGAUGCUACACUUGCCGCUUGAGACGAAAGAAGUGCGACGAAAUCACGCCCUACUGCUCUGCCUGCCAACAUCUCGGCCUCGAGUGCGAGUACAAGCGACCAAUUUGGUGGAGCAACAACGAGGCCCGCCGACGCAACAAGGAAGACAUCAAGAUCAUCAUCAAGCGCAAGAAGCUCGCAGAAAAGUCGGCCACGCAUGAGAUUCACUCCUCCGUCAGCCCGCCGCCGCCCAGCCUCAGCCAUUCCAUGCCCACGUCCGCCUCGGGCUCCGACUUUUACGACCGCAAUCGCUCCGCCUCCAUCGACUCGCGCGCAUCCGGCGCCGGCUUCAACUUCAACAGCCCGCCCAGCGGCGCCGACUUUGUCGCCUACAACUCGCAAAUACACCCCGACUUCAUCUACGGCCAGGGCUACACGCCCUACGAGAUUGACGUCAAGACGGAGAGGCAAAUGUUUGUCAACGACGUGCCCACGGUCCGAGAGUCACACGUCUCGACCUUUAGCACCAUGCACACCCCCCCGCCGCCCGGUACCGCCCUCACCGCCGGACAGUUUCCCGGCGGCGGCUGGACGGAGCACGUCCACCAGGAGCGCAAGGAGUCGCUGUCCGAGGAGGCGCUCAACGUCAACUUCUUCGACUUUGCCCACGGCCCGGCCCAGGAGUCGCGCCAGGUCCGCGUCGAGCUCGACGACGGCGACCAGCGCCUGCUGGAGCACUUUGUCCAGUACGUGAUGCCGACCAUCUUCCCCAUCCUCGAGGCCAACCAGCACGGCUCGGUCGGCUCCGACCUCAUCCUGCCCGCGGUGCAGUACAACAGCAUCUACCUGCACUGCUGCCUGAGCUCCGCCGCGCAGCACAUGAAGAGCGUCAGCCUCGCCACGGGUCAGGACGCGCCCGACGGCCGCGACGUCGACGGCGACAUCAUGCGCCACCGCUACGCCACCAUCUGGUCGCUCUGCGAGGCGCUCAAGCUCGACGAGGACCACGAGAAGAUCCUCGAGGCGACGCUCGGGCUCAUCUUCUUCCAGUGCGUCGUGGGCCGCCCCGACGACGGCCUGCUCGACAUUGCCUGGCACCAGCACUUCCAGGCCGCCAUCAGCCUGGUGCAGAAGCUCGACCUCACGCGCGUCGUCUCGGAGCCGGCGCCCGUCGUGGGCGCCCCGACGCCCUUCAACAUGACCCUCGCCGCCUGGAUCGACAUCCUCGGCGCCUCCAUGCUCGGCAUGUCGCCCACCUUUGCCCACACCUACCGCGACAAGCACCUGUCCCAGAGCCACCACCACCUCGGCCUCCGCGAGCUCAUGGGCUGCGAGGACCGCGUCAUGUACCUCAUCUCCGAGAUUGCCUGCCUCGAGUCGCUCAAGAAGAACGGCAUGGACGACUUUGUCCUCUGCCAGCACGUCUCCUCGCUCGGCGAGCAAAUCUCCAUGACCGAGAGCGGCGACGAUCACAUGCAGCAGCUCCGCAUGCCCUUCAACGCCAACGGCACCCUCUCCCCCAAGCAGCUCACCAAGAACAUCACCGCGGCCUUUCGCAUCGCCGCGCGCAUCUACCUCUGCAGCCUCGUCCCCGGCUUCACGCCCGCCCAGCCCUCGCCGCUGGGCCUCGUCGACAAGCUCGCCGGCGUGCUGCAGUUCAUCCCCGCGGGCCCCGGGGGCUACGACCGCAACCUGGUCUGGGUCUACCUCAUCGGCGGCGCGUUCAGCGUGGCCGACAGCCCCUUCCGCCCGCUCUUUGAGGAGCGCGUCGCGGCGCUGGGCGACCUGGCCAUGUGCGGCUCCUUUGGCCGCAUGAUGUGCGUCCUGCGCGAGGUCUGGCUGCAAAACGACCAGCUCGCCGCCCAGGCCAGCACGCCCGGCUCGGCCGCCUCUGAUGCCGUCGCGCCCCACGUUCACUGGAGGGACGUCAUGCAGAUGAAUGGCUGGGACUAUCUCCUCAUCUAA